UCGGAGGAACUAUGAAAAAAAAAAGACUCAGUCGGAGGAUAUCCCUCCGAAAAUUGUCGGAGGGAAAACAAUUUCCGAGUUUCUUCCCCUUUUUUCCUGGGUUCGUUAUAGCAGCCAAACCCUAGCCGCUCCUGUCCUUGGCCGGCGAGCUCUGUCACUCCUCACCUUGUUCGUGCUCAGCGAGCCGCUGCUCGUGCCGGUGCUGCCUGCUCUCCCAGUGUCCUCCUAGUGCCGAUCUUCCCCUGCUUCCGGUUCUCGAAAAUUCAGAACCGAUACUUUCGUCUGUGAACUCCACUGCUUGCAUCCUCGCUCUCUGUUUCUGCUAGCUCGGAAGCUCCAUCAAUGGCGUUGAGGGCAGCGAUGCAGAGAAGCGGCAGCCCCAGCUUCCUCAUAGGCGCCCGGAGGUGGUCCCACGCCAUCGCCCGGCCUCCCCGGUUGGAUGCCCUCAUCGCCCCUCCACCCGUCUCGUCUCCUUCAGUCAUUUUGCCCGAAUUAGAUCACAUUCCCGAUAGAAGCCACCCCGGAUUCCCCAGCUUCAGCUCCGGCGGAUCCAUGGAGCUCAUGGCCGCCCCCAAAAGGAAGGUGAGUCCCCACAGGAAAGGUAUAAGAAACGGACCAAAAGCUCUGAAACCUGUUCCGGUGAUUAUUCGAUGCAAGAGCUGUGGCCGUGUGAAGCUGCCUCACUUUUACUGCUGCAGUGGGGACAGGGGAAAGACGAACGAGCAGAACGGACCAAACUAAGCAGCGAGAAUCUACUGCUGUUGUCUAUCAUCGAAAAACAGUAUAUUUACUGAGCUGGAUAUUUAGGUUCUCGUUGUCAUCUGGUUCUUAGUAAGAUCAUAAGCAUUUCUCGAAAUCUUUGUUUUUCAACUUUCAAAAGGACAUUUGGCGAUUUUGGGAAGAUGAUUUCAUGUGCUAUGAAGGUUUCUUAUCUGCAAAUGACUAAAAGCCUUCUAGUGAUAGAGACACAUCAUGGCGCUAUGGUUCUGGGGCACAACUCCGAUUUUCGAUUUCCAGAUACUUAUAUGAUAAUUCAAAUAGCUCACAAACUCUUCUGAA